UUUGUGUGCUGGGGAGGUGAGUUUAGGUCCUCCCGCUCAGCUCCAGGUUUGGGCAGGUGUGAGAUAGCCCUUCGAUUCACUGCUCUGCAUCGCAGGCGCAAGGAAGUCCCCGAGCCCAAGCGGGUUGCUGCUUAAGAGGACACCCAUGAUCCUGAUGGUGUUUUUAUGCAAGAUAAAUUACUCUGUUGACUUUAUUAAAUAACUCAACAAAUUCAGCAUGUAGAGUCCAUGAAGCACAGGACAAUAAAGCUUCCUACUCAUACCACCAGGAAGAUCUCUUUGAAAGAUUUACCACAAGACUACCAGAGAGAAUAAUUUGUCUGAAGCAUCAUGUAUUGAAACACAACACCUUUUCAAUUUGAAGGCUACCACCUUUGCACUAGUUAGAAGCAGAAUCACCAUGUCUUCAAUUCCUUGAGCUCUCUAGGAAGCCAGGCGAGUGAGUGGAAAAUCUGAAAAUGCGGCCAUGGACUGGUUCCUGGCGUUGGAUUAUGCUCAUUCUCUUUGCCUGGGGGACCUUGCUGUUUUAUAUAGGUGGUCACUUGGUACGAGAUAAUGACCACCCUGAUCAUUCUAGCCGAGAACUGUCCAAGAUUCUGGCAAAGCUUGAACGCUUAAAACAGCAGAAUGAAGACUUGAGGCGAAUGGCUGAAUCUCUUCGGAUACCAGAAGGUCCCAUUGAUCAGGGGCCAGCUGCAGGAAGGGUCCGUGCUUUAGAAGCGCAACUUGUAAAGGCCAAAGAACAGAUCGAAAAUUACAAGAAACAAACCAGAAAUGGUUUGGGGAAGGAUCAUGAAGUCUUGAGGAGGAGGAUUGAAAAUGGAGCUAAAGAGCUCUGGUUUUUCCUACAGAGUGAAUUGAAGAAAUUAAAGAAUUUAGAAGGAAAUGAACUCCAAAGACAUACAGAUGAAUUUCUAUCAGAUUUGGGACAUCAUGAAAGGUCUAUAAUGACGGAUCUAUACUACCUCAGUCAAACAGAUGGAGCUGGUGAUUGGCGGGAAAAAGAGGCCAAAGAUCUGACAGACUUGGUCCAGAGGAGAAUAACAUAUCUUCAGAAUCCCAAGGACUGUAGCAAAGCCAAGAAGCUAGUGUGUAAUAUCAACAAAGGCUGUGGCUAUGGUUGUCAACUCCAUCAUGUGGUCUACUGCUUCAUGAUUGCAUAUGGCACCCAGCGAACACUCAUCUUGGAAUCUCAGAAUUGGCGCUAUGCUACUGGUGGAUGGGAGACUGUGUUUAGACCUGUAAGUGAGACAUGCACAGAUAGAUCUGGCAUCUCCACUGGACACUGGUCAGGUGAAGUGAAAGACAAAAAUGUUCAGGUGGUCGAGCUCCCCAUUGUAGACAGUCUUCAUCCCCGUCCUCCAUAUUUACCCCUGGCUGUACCAGAAGACCUUGCAGAUCGACUCGUUCAAGUCCAUGGUGAUCCUGCAGUGUGGUGGGUGUCCCAGUUUGUCAAAUACUUGAUCCGCCCACAGCCUUGGCUGGAAAAGGAAAUAGAAGAGGCCACCAAGAAGCUUGGCUUCAAGCAUCCAGUUAUUGGAGUCCAUGUCAGACGUACAGACAAAGUGGGAACAGAAGCAGCCUUCCAUCCCAUCGAGGAGUACAUGGUGCAUGUUGAGGAACACUUUCAGCUUCUUGCACACAGGAUGCAAGUGGACAAAAAAAGAGUAUAUUUGGCUACAGAUGAUCCCUCUUUAUUAAAGGAGGCAAAAACAAAGUAUCCCAAUUAUGAAUUUAUUAGUGAUAACUCUAUCUCUUGGUCAGCUGGCCUGCACAAUCGAUAUACAGAAAAUUCACUUCGGGGUGUAAUCCUGGAUAUACACUUUCUCUCCCAGGCCGACUUCCUAGUGUGUACUUUUUCAUCCCAAGUCUGUCGAGUUGCUUAUGAAAUCAUGCAAACACUGCAUCCUGAUGCCUCUGCAAACUUCCAUUCUCUGGAUGACAUCUACUAUUUUGGGGGCCAGAAUGCCCACAACCAGAUUGCUAUUUAUCCUCACCAACCUCGAACUGCAGAUGAAAUCCCCAUGGAGCCUGGGGAUAUUAUUGGUGUGGCUGGAAAUCAUUGGGAUGGCUAUUCUAAAGGUGUCAACAGAAAACUGGGAAGGACGGGCCUGUAUCCUUCCUACAAAGUUCGAGAGAAGAUAGAAACAGUCAAGUACCCCACAUAUCCUGAGGCAGAGAAAUAAAGUUCAGAUGGAAGAAACGAACAGCCAAUCUCAGUUCAAACGAUUUGAGCCAAACAGUAAACCAAGAAGUCCCUGAUUUAACAAUGUGUGGUUAAAUGAGUAGAUACCCUCAGCA